AUGAAAGUGGAAACAUAUGAGAGUCACCCAAAUAUAUAUGUAGCUUUUUCUGUUCACCAAAAAAAGAAAAAACUUCCAUUUUCUUAUGGAGCUGCCAUGGGAGAAUAAUUGGCCUCUUCAUACGGAAAUAGCACAACAAUCAUCUUUAGUAGGCGGAGCUGCCGCCACCAAUGAGUUGUCGCCGCCACCGUUGCCGCGGGAGCUGCUUCCUCCGUCCUCUAGUAAUUGCAUGACACUCCCAUUUAUACCAGCUGCCGCUAUGUCCAAACCACCAAUUUGUUAUAGAAAAAAGAGAAGUUCUGAGAAUCUAAAUAGCUUAAAAGCAAAAAGAGAAAAGAAGAUUAUAAGAAGUGGAUCUGAGAUUGAACAUCACACAAUGUUAGAGAGGAAAAGGAGACGUAGACUUGCUCACCAAUUCAUAGAGCUUUCAGCUACUAUUCCUGGCUUAAAGAAGGUUAAUUUUACUUUUUUAAAGAAGAUAGACAAAAUUUCUAUAAUUAUAGGAGCUAUCAAUCACGUGGAACAACUUCAAAAACGAGUGAUGGAGUUAGAACAUGAAAACAAGAGAGGCAAAGAACCUAAUAUACUCCUCAAUAUGGCAAGUGAUCCAAAUCUUGACAAUUGUCUUGGACCCGAUGAAUUAUUGCUUCCUCAUGUCAAAGCAAAAGUGAUGGAAAAUAAUAUACUCAUUUACAUCAAUUGUGAGAAGGAAAAUGGCAUUGUACUCAAAAUAUUAAACAAGCUUGGAAAUCUUCAUUUGUUAGUGACAAGCACCACCGUAUUGCCGUUUGGUAAUUCAACUCUUCGCAUUACUAUCAUUGCCGAGAUGGGUGAUGCAUACAAAAUGAAGAUGAUGGAUCUAGGGGAUAACGUAAGGCAAUUGCUGUCAAAUGAUGGUUCUACAAAUCGUUGACAUGAGAUGUCAAGUUUUUUCUUUUUUGUUUUCUUAAAGAUUGAAUUAAUUUGUGAAAUACAUUCCUUUGCUUAUGUCACAAAAUGAACUAAAAAUGUAAUUAAGCCAAAACGAUAAUAACAGUGUAAUUACAAAUAUAUUAUUUUUUAAA